GUUUAUACAUAAUGACAGAAGAAGAAAAACUAAGAGCAGAGGCUGCCAGGCGGAUGGAGAGACGGCGACGGAAGCUGGAGAAUGCGGAGGAGAGAUUGGCAAAAAUAACCGGUCAACCCAUUCACUCUAUAGAUACAGAUCCCUCCGAUGUUGCCGCUGGGUUUCCCGAUUUAGCCGCCGCCCUCCCUAAUUCUGGUCUUGUUUCUCCAUUUUCAGAUUUGUCAGAGUUGAUUGGUGGAGGUGAACCUGUGACAAGGUUCCGAGGUUCCUCCUCCCGUCCUCCUCCCAGGGGAACCAUCUCCAGUAUUCAGGACGCGGCUCCAGAUCCACCCUUGGACAAUCUUGUAAGGGACCCUCUCAGGUCCGGUGUUGCAAAAUCUGCUCCUCUCCCCGAAGUUUCCAGUCUCAUUUGGGUUCUUCAAGCUCUUCUAACCUUUACUCUUCUUCAGUCUGGUUUCGGUGGAUAUAUCCUUAACUCUGUUCUCCUUCCCUUCCUUCUACUCCUAGUCUCUCUUUAUACUUUAGGACGGAUCCAUCUAGCGUCUUCAGUAGGAUCUAUUGUAUCCGCAGUUUUAGUGCUUUGUGGUCUUCGGCCAACUCUUGCUCAUUUCCUCAUACGAAGUAUAGAGAUCGGAAUUAGUGUGAGCCGACUGUUCUGUUUGUACCUAACCACCAUUAUUAUUCUGCAGCAACUCCAUACUACAAUAUUAGGAUUUAGCAAUUAAUCAAUCAAUUAAUCAAUUUUUAAUUUAAUUAUGUAGAAUUCUAGUUUGCAAAGAUAAAUAUACCUCUAAUAAUCUAUGAUGCAAAAAU